AUAGCAGUUUCCAGCGACUCAGCCAUCACGGUCUGAAAGUUUUUAUUCUUUUGAAAUGAACUCACUCGGCGCUUGCGCACAGGAUUUAUGCGGCGAUAGAAGGUCGUGAUCGUGGGUUCGGGGGCCCGGUCCGACCCGGUGCUCCAGAAAAGCUGAAUAUGGGUCAAACUGCUGUGUCUACCGUGUCUCAGACUGCUAACGUUGAAGGAUUGGAGAAAUCAGCAUCCCUGGCCAGCUGUGAUGUGGGUGUGGACUUCCCCUCCAAUACCCAGAAUGCCCCUGCACCACGGCAGCAGCGAGGCAAGCUAUCGACACUAGGCAAACUGUUCAAACCCUGGAAGUGGAGGAAGAAGAAGACCAGCGACAAAUUCCAGGAUCUUUCCAAAGUUCUAGAAAGAAAAAUCUCCACUAGACAAACGAGAGAGGAGCUCAUCAAGAAAGGAGUUCUCAUCCCUGACCAAGAGGAACUAAUCAGCAGUGAAAAUCUGAAUGGUCAUGCCACAUCCAGUGUAACAUCAGAGGAAGUCAAAGUUGACAUAGAGUCUCCAAAAACACCAUUGGAGAUAAAGGCCACUGAGCCUGUCAGCACAGAGGACAAAACAGAGAGGUGUGAUACUAAACCUCUUGCCCAGGCAAACCAGGUGCGACCUCAAGAUGUACAAGCUAAAAAACAGCAAAGUGCCACUCUGCCCACCUCUUCCAAAGCUGCAGGUGGCACUGCAGUCACAACCAGGCACAGAGAUGGUGCCUCAGGGACUAAAAAGACUGCUAAAACUACAGGCAAGGCAGGCUCAUCCACACAAGCUAAAGCUAACCCACGGAGCACUAACAACGCUAGUCAUGGGACUGCCAAAUCCUCCCAUCCAAAGAAGACAGGAGGCACAGCAAAAUCCACCUCUGCCUCCACUUCCACCUCCACCCCUCGUUCUCAUGUGUCUAAGGACACGGGUGCUGCAGUAAAGACUAACAGGACAGAUGCACGGACCAACCGGAAAUCAGACGCUCCCUCCUCUUCCUCUAUACCUCAAAAAGCCUCUGCAGAGACUCCUAACCAGCCUGGGGAAUUAAAAUCCUUGCUCCUUUCCUCAGACUCCAAGCCUGCCUCAUCUAAAGCCUCAGGUAGUGAGACAGAGGGAACUCAGGCUGCUUCGAAGUCUGUUCCCAAUGCCUCAAUUACAGGUGAAGAGACUCACAAAGGUAUGGCUCCUGAACCCACACUCCAGUCCCCCCAUAUCAAGAAAGCUACAGAGGACACCUCCUUUACAGAGGGAGAGACAUGUUCACAAGGGGAGAAACCAGGAAGAACAGGAGGCGAGGGAGGAGAAGAAGAAAAGAAGAAAAAAGAAACACAGUCAGCUGUGGAGAACAGCUCAAGUCUUGUUUCCUGCAGGUCAGCACAGAGCCAAGCUGAAAAGCCACAGGGCCUGAGCGUGAAUACAGACCAGGCCACUGUAACUGUGAUCCCUGACAGGCCGAGAGACAGCCAGACUAGUGACUCUGACUCUGAUGGACCAAUCCUGUACCAGGAUGAGGAGGAGGAAGAAGAGGAGGAGGAAGACGAGUACACAAAUAGCUCUCUGGCCAGCAAGAUACGCCGACGAGACACCCUGAACAUCAAGCUUGGGAACCGACCCAGCAAGAAAGAGCUGGAGGAGAAGAACAUUCUGCCACGAAGCUCUGAGACAGAGAGGCAUGAGCUACGCCAGCAGAUAGGCUGCAAACUAGUCAGACGCCUGAGCCAAAGACCCACCACAGAGGAGCUGGAGCAGAGAAACAUCCUCAAGCAAAAGAAUGAAGCAGAGGAGCAAGAAGCCAAACAAGAGAUUAAGAGACGGCUCUCCAGGAAGCUGAGUGUGAGGCCUACAGUGGCAGAGCUCGUCGCUCGCAGGAUCCUGCGUUUUAACGAGUAUGUGGAAGUUACAGAUGCCAAGGAUUAUGACCGGCGGGCAGACAAACCCUGGACUCGGCUUACUCCCGCUGACAAGGCUGCUAUCCGAAAGGAGCUGAAUGAGUUUAAGAGCCGAGAGAUGGAAGUUCAUGAAGACAGCAAACAGUUCACCAGAUUCCAUCGGCCCUGAGUGCUCUGAAAGCUGGACAUCAGCGCCACAAGAUCUGGUCCACAGCUCCCAGCAGUCCCCCCCACCCCCGACUCUCAGUACGCAGCCCAGUCCACUUUGCUUUGGGAUGCUCUCGCCCCUGAUAAUAUGUAUUGAUGUCUGUAGUGACAGCUACAGGUGUGUCUUUAGGCCUUGGCCAUCCACGGGCGCCAACAAAACAUUUGCACAUAGUCAAAACAGUCAUGUGUAGAGUGCUCUGAUUAUUACCAUUUAUUUAUUGUAGAUGGCCAGAAUAAUUGUUUUCCGUUCACUUCAGGCAUAAUGAUAGCUUUCAGGGAGGGAGAAUGGGCAGAAUUAUCCUUGUAGUAAUGAAUGUGGCUCAAGUGUACUAUAGAGUUUGUCCAUUUGCCAAGGUAUGCCUUGUCAUAAACUGCCAAAUGGCCAUUUAUGGGCAUCCUCCUAGAACAGGAAAUGGGGGUGAUUGGGUGUUUGUGAGCUUAAGUCAGUGCCUAUGUCAUAGCUCAGUAGGGAGAAAAGGCAGUUUGUUGUGCUCCGAUGUGCCUCUCGGAGCUGAAUCUGAAAUACUACCGCUCAUUUUUAAACAUGUUUAAACUAUAUUGCCACUAGAGGGCAUCAUAUCAUAAGAGUUAUAACCUGCAAAGAUGAAGACGUGUACUGUAUGUAGAGAUAGAAUAAAGUAUAACUGCUGAAGCCGAAGGAGCCGUGGGCAGCUGAGGCUUUAAUAGCAAAGUGCAAUGGAAAUCUCCCCAGUUCUAAUUCCUCAGCGUAGUUCCUGGUGAUUUAUGUUGAUCAUGUACCAUCAGAUAUCCUGUGUUCAGUCAGUAAGGUCAAACCUUUGAUCACAGUCUGCUGGUCCUGCUGUUUGGAGGGUCUUCUUGUCAGGCUUUGGUCUCUGUUUUUUUUUUUUUU